UUGAAACUGAAAGUAAGCGUUAAUGAUCCAUAUGUCGUUCCAUAGGAAGAAUAGGCCGAUGGCAAUUGAUUCCCAAAAGGGUAAUUGAAGUACCACAAUGGCUACUGGGCCAGAUGCUGCUGGUCGCUCCAGAUUUGCAAAGCUCGGAAUGGCAAUAAACGAAGUUCUAACACAGACGUACAGAGACAUUCUAGAGAAAGAGGUAUCUCCUAAUCAUGUUUAUAACAGCGUGAGGUCAUCACCAAUUUAUUCACAUAUCCGUAGUGACCAAGAACUUCUUUUGAGAAAUGCUAGAUCUUCAGGAUAUGACGAUUUUGACAUUACCCUGCUGUACACAUUGCUAAGAAACAUUUGUUCAAAGAUUCCUCACCCAACUAAAGGUUGGGGUGGGAGUACCCUCCCUGCUGCAGGAGAUCAAACUGUGGGCGACGACAUCGAAAGGAUAAGAUUAAUCCGUAACUCUGUGUAUGGACAUUCCAAUUCAGCGUCCAUUUCACAAGCGGAAUUCGAUAAAAACUGGUCAUUGAUAGAUGAGGUGUGUCGCAGACUACAAUCUUAUUGUGGAAAAAACUAUAUGAAAAGCCUUAAAAACAUUGAGACGCAGUGUUUGGAAGAAGAACACGAGGAAGCAGUCAUAGGAAAACUUAAAGAAGAGUGCGAGAAGCAUAAAUCGAUUGGAGAUCGACUCACAUCUCUAGAGGAAGCUGUGAAAGAAGCAACGGUUUCAGGAAGAAAAGGAAAUCGUCUUCAGUGGUUUAGAAUUCGUAUAAAAGCCAAUGAAUCCUCAAAACAAAAGGAUGUAGACACAUAUACAGAAAUGAUAAAGGACACUUUAAACUCAAUGAUUGAGGCUAUCAAUAAAACGUCAACGGAAGAAGAUAUAUGUGAUCUACAGGACAGUUUUGAACAAUACGUCCAGGGAGUUUCAUGUGAGGAUGAUAAAGAAUCUACCUUUCAUUUACUUGGAAAGAUGAAGAAGAAAAUCCACUGGUUUGCAAAUAUACACCCAGAGACACAGAUUACUGUACUUAAAAGAUUUUUGAAUUUUUUGUUAGAACUCAGAAGGAAGUACGGUGUAGAUAGCGUCCACUGUAAGACCGGAAGUGUCCUUUUGCAAUUGACCUUUGGAACAGAGGUCGGAUACUUUAGGUUUCUGGAUGAUCUAAAGAAGGGAAUUGUGGAUCAGAGAUUGAUCUGUAUAUUUGUUGAUUUAGAUCUCCUUUCUACAGUCGGCCUGAUGAGGGAAGAAAUCUCCAUCUCUAUAACAGAUAUCAUCAGUGAAGAAGAUGUGGCAGCUACCGAGAAAACGGAAGCGGAAACAACAGACAUACAGUUAGCUCCUGAAAAAACGGAAGCGGAAACAACAGACGUACAGUUAGCUCCCGAGAAAACGGAAGCGGAAACAACAGACAUACAGUUGGCUCCUGAGAAAACGGAAGCGGAAACAACAGACAUACAGUUAGCUCCCGAGAAAACGGAAGCGGAAACAACAGACAUACAGUUAGCUCCUGAGAAAACGGAAGCGGAAACGAAGACAAUGGAAACAACACCUCCAGUGUCAAUGUCAAGUGACACACCCUCCAAGGAAGACGUGCUGGGUAUGGAUUUGAAUGGACUCUGUGAAAUAUUGGAGGAAAUGGGUGUCGAUUAUUCCUCUUUAGAAGACCUGGAGGAAAUUCGAGAUCUAGUACUGAAAUCUGUCGAUGAACAGAAUGCAUCAGUCUCUGAGAGCAGAAAGUCACAGGCCUCUAGCGAAGUCAUGAGGCGGAUCCUUGAAAGAGAUGCUGAAGUGAGAAAUAUAGUGGCGGAUCUGUACUCCUCACUAUUGGACAUGCUGAAGAUGAAACAGUUUGAGAAAAAUCUUGGUGAAGAGAUGACCAAAGAAUAUAAUGGGUACAUCAACACAAUACAGACAUACAGGACACAGCUAGAGAGACGACAUUGUCCCAUUGUCGUGGCUGGAGAGACAGGGGCUGGUAAAUCGUCCUUGCUGAACCUCAUUAUGGGAGAGCAUGUCCUUCCGCGACAGGUCCUUAGUUCCACGUCCACCAUUUGUCAAAUUUUCAACAGCGACACCAAGCGAGCGGAAGUGAUAAAAAAGAAUGGUGAGACAAUUGUUCUUGAUGAUGUAACAGAGGUGACACUUUCCAAGUACGUCAGCGUGGACCGCUCUGGGAAGUCAGAUGAACGAUACACACGAGUAGACGUAUACUGGCCUCUACCAAUGCUGCAGGAAUAUGCUACCAUCGUGGACACUCCCGGUAUUGGAGAAAGUGACGAAAUGACUGACUUAGUCCUGGACUUUUUAACAGAGGCGGUAGCUUUUAUCUACGUCAUCAACACGUCAAACGCCGGAGGAGUGCAGAAAGAUCGGAAAUCAUGGGUCCCACGGACUGUCUGUUGUCGGUCUCAGCUUCGGCUUGUGAGAAUAUUUGAAGAACAAAAGGAAUUCGAAAAGAAAGGUCGUCUGCAGCAAUUUGAUCCCGAGAGCGCCAUCUUUGUCUGCAACAAGUGGGACCAAGUUCCUCCAAAUGAAGAAAGAGGAGUUUGGGAGGACAUAACAAAGAAGAUUAAAGCUCACUGGCCAACUAGACGAGACAUGGACAUCACAAGGCAGAUGUUCAAGAUGUCCACCACCGAGGAUAUCAGACGAAGCAAAGCUGGACUUGGUUACACAGAAAAAUUCAAAUCCCUUCUUUCUGGUAUUGAUCAGUUAAUCAGCGCCAGCCUGGAGCGAAGAGUCAGCAGACAUGUAAACUGGCUGCAAGCUUUCCUGGACAGACUUCUCGUUAAAGUGGUUGCCAGAAUAAACGCCACAAGAAAGAAUCAGGAGGAGAAAGACCAGAUGAAAAAUGAGGUGGAAAGAAGACUCAGGACUCUGAAAGAAGAAACCGAGGACGUAAAAAUGAGAAUGGAAUCAGCAGCAGAAUUAAAAUGCAAACAUAUAGCAAAGAACUUGACAGAACAUCUGAUCAGUCAGGAAACCAAAAAUAGAAUGUUCCGAUGGCAUAUUGAUGAACUACCAAAUGACAACGAUUUGGAUCUCAUAAGAUACAAAGCAAAACAAAUGAUCCUGGAUAAAAUCAACUGCGAGGUCGCCCGCUGGUGUCAGGAAAACGACAUUGCCGAAACUUCCUCUCAGCUCUUUGAUCUUUUCAUGCAAGAGUGUAAGCUGAUCAAGGGGAGCUACACAGAGAUAGACCUGAUCAUUCAGGGCAUACAACCCCCUAUUGCUGAUGGCAACGUCCCACAGGCACCCGAGACAUCCUCUGAUUUUGAUGCCACAAAAUCUGCCACAAUUUUCCCGCUUCAGGAACGAAUUGCAUUGGUGGCGUUUGCGCCCCUCUGGCUGCCGUUGGUGAUCGGAGCUAGCGUUUUAGCACUCCCAGUGGCUGUAGGCAUGCUCAUUAAAGACGUCAUAGAGGAGAAAAGGAAGAUUAAAAAUUACAGAGAAAACAAAGAAACAUACGUUCUAAAAUGGGCCGAGGAUGAACUGAAAGCUUAUAAUACAGACCUAGUGUUCAGUGGUCUACAGCAAACAUACUUAAGGAAUUUCAUGUCCAGCAUAACACAGGUCUGUGAUGAAAUUAUUCCCAAACAAAUCGAAGCAGACGAACAGCUUAUAGAAAACAUAGUAAAGGAAAAUAGAGAUUCACGAACUGUCAGACAGGAGUACUCGCCGAUAGAGAAGAGGUGUAAGGAUAUCAUUGGGGAACUGCUUUAUGCUAAAAUGACACAUCUGUCGGAUUGCCAACCACGCAUCCUUAAAGAAUAUGAGGAAAUCGGAAGUGGUUCAUAUUCUACAGUUCUGUCAUGUGAUGCAGAAUUUGGAAACAGAACAAUAAAAUGUGCAGUAAAGAAAAUGACGUCAAACUUACAUAAAGAUAUGUACUUGCAGCUUACAGAAGUUGAGAAUUUAAGAAAAUUCCAACAUCAAAACAUCGUCUUCUGUUAUGGCGUCUCCAUCGACAGGAACCAACAUGGAUCAAGCCAUCUGAAUGUGUUUAUGGAAUUAUGUGACUGUUCAUUGGAAGACCUAAUCCUCUGUUACAAACAUCCCAUAAAGUUGUGCAAGUGCAACACAGACCGCCGAAAAACGUGUCAUUUAUUCAAAGAGAGUGAAAGAAAAAGUCAGGAGUUUUUGGAUUCGUGGAUGUUCUUCUUAAACAUGUUGAAAGGCGUGUUGAACGGUUUAGUCUUCCUUCACGACAGUGGGUUUGUGCACAGAGACCUGAAACUGACAAAUGUUUUGGUUAAAGACAACAUUGCAAAGAUAGCAGACAUUGGGUUAUCUAAACCGCAAAAUCUCCUAACUGGUACUAUCAUAGGAACUCCUGUUGCCAUGGCUCCAGAAGUAUUUCAGGGGCGGAUAUACGAUAAAUCAGCGGACAUCUUCAGCCUCGCUAUCAUGAUUUGGGAAAUGUGGUACGGUAGAAAGGUUUUUAGUGAGGAGAUGUAUGCUGACGUCAUCAAAAGCGUGCUGAACGUUAAGGAACAUGUGGUGGGAGGGGCACGCCCCUUAUUUAGUGAGAAAUAUCCACCCGUUCAGGAAAUACGAGACUUUAUCACGGAUUGCUGGGCGGCGGAGCCAGACAAGAGACCGGAAGCACGUGAUUUAUUAACACGACUCAAACAAAUAGCGGACAGCCUGUCAUGAUGUCUAAUAGCAAUGGAGAAUAAAUUGGAACCAAUAAUGUGGAAUGCAGUAUAUAUAAAUGAUAUGAGUAAAAAUAUUUCACAAGUUCA